CAAAGGUCCUUGUCUUCCUCUCCCUCUCUCUCGUUCUCUCUUAACACGUAAAGCCAGGGCCAGGGUUUGCACUUACAGUAGUUGUUUGUGUGUCCUAUUAAUAAGAUCUUCAAGAAAACGAUGGCUCCUGUUUCAUUGCCGCCUGGUUUUCGGUUCCACCCAACAGAUGAGGAGCUUGUUGUUUAUUAUCUCAAGAGAAAAAUUAAUGGCCGAAAGAUUGAAUUAGAAAUCAUCCCUGAAGUGGAUCUCUACAAGUGCGAGCCUUGGGACUUACCAGGAAAAUCACUAUUACCAAGCAAAGAUCUUGAGUGGUACUUUUUCAGUCCUCGAGAUCGUAAAUACCCGAAUGGAUCAAGAACUAAUCGAGCAACAAAAUCUGGGUAUUGGAAAGCCACAGGGAAAGAUAGGAAAGUGAACUCUCAGAUGCGUGCUGUCGGGAUGAAGAAAACCCUGGUUUACUAUCGAGGGAGAGCUCCCCAUGGUUCUCGAACCGACUGGGUUAUGCAUGAAUAUCGUCUUGACGAGCGAGAAUGUGAACCUUCUUCCGCAGGCUUGAAUGACGCUUAUGCUCUUUGCCGUGUGUUUAAGAAAAGUGCAACUGCCCCCAAUAUUAUUGGGGAGCAUUACCAGCCUGCUACAACUGCGAAUCAAAUCCAGAUCACUAGUGAGCAUUCUUCUAGCCUUGAAUUAUAUUCUGAGGGUAGGUGCGAAGAGAGUUCCGGUUUUGCAAUCCCGUUGGAUACAUGUUCACCCGGUGUUCUCAAUAGAUCAUCUAUCGACAUUUCUGAUGCAAGAGAUGUUAAAUGGAUGCAAUCCUUGUCCGAAGAUGCGUUUGGGUUAACUAAUCCAUCCUUUUCAAGCUAUGCAACGGACUUACAUCCUCCAUCUAAGGUGGAUGUGGCACUAGAAUGUGCAAGGUUACAGCAUCGGUUUUCAUUGCCUCCAUUGGAAGUUGAGGAUUUCCCUCAAGUUGGACUCACCAACUAUAAACUGAUGCGAACAACACCAAUGCCUGAAACCCAACAUGAAGCGGAUAUAUUGCAGGAAAUUCUUUCGGUUGCUCAUGCUUCUCAGGAACUGAUACAUCAAGAUGCUUGGGGUUGGGGUGGCAGUUGUAGUAAUCCCGAUGAUUUCACCUUUAUGGCUGCCAAAGGCAUGUACCAAAAUCAAGUGAACGAGAUAAGUUGUCCUCAAUACAUGAAUAAACCAUUAGAAGAAUCAAGUACAAGGUCGAUAGACAUAAGUGAGGUGCAGGGUCAGGGAGAUCGAAUGGUUGAAAAUUUGAGAUGGGUGGGAAUGUCGAGCAAAGAUCUAGAGCAGUACUGCUUUAUGGAAGAAAGCAAGAUUGUGCCCAUACAAAAUAUUUCGAGUUUUGCAAGAAAUGAAGACAACAGGAUUCAAGGAGAAAGUGGACAUGGAUUCAAUGACAGUGGGAUCAACGAUACAGAAAUCGAAGAUUUUCCACAAGGAUUCAUCGAUGAUGAGCACUUUCUAGACGAGGGCAAUAUGGAGGACUUGACAAGCUCACCAAGCUUUGAGGAGGUUGUUGAGGACAUCAAAAUUAAUCAUGGAAUGUUCGUUUCAACUCAGCAAGUUGCCAACACAUUCUUUCACCAGACAGUGCCUUCUCAAACAGUUAAGGUUCACCAAAAUCCAAUGACAGCAACUAGCUUCCAGUUCCAGAUGGGGAAAGAAGAGUCAGAUGAGGCAAGAUAUAACAAAGGAAAUUCUUUCUUCAGAAAGUUCAAUUCAUUUUCCAAAGGAAAGUGUAUGGAAAUCAUCACCUUCACAAAGCCAUGUAAGAAGACAGCAAGUGCCUUCCUUUGCAUGCUUGUGCUUCUCUUAAUGCGUAGCUUUUAUCUUGAGGUGGAUGAAGAAGCCAAAAAUGAGAAAUUAGUGGAUGGAUUCAUGGCAAAGGACACAGGGGAGAAGGCCAUUGCAGUUUUCUCAACAAGGAGCAAACCAAGAGAAAAAUAUUUGUUGGUUAAGGCUAGUUGGUGGAAUGAUUUUGGCUUGCUUUUGAAAAAGUUACUAUUUUUUCUUACCAUAUCUUUGGCUGUGUGCACAUUGUUAGCAAGCACUUUAUACUAA